UUGAAGUUACAUAUACACUUAAAAAACUGCCAAUCCUCUGCAAAACAAAUCCCAGUCAGUGUGGGAACUUACACACCGGCUUAUCUGAACAGAAACUAUGCUGUUCUUUUUACCGUCAAACAGUUUAAAGAAAUGAAACAGCAUUGUUUGGACUCUUUUUUUUUUUUCGCCUCAACUGCUGUGAACCAGAACCAUUCCACUGUUUUCGUACCAACCUGAUUCUGUUCAGCCUGCAAAUUGGCAGAAGAUUGGCUCUGCCAUGCACAGCCGAACUGAUGUAGUUUGUGAAUUGGAACAGCGUUCACCACUGCAAAGGUAGGAGAGAGUGCAGAGAAGAGUGAUGGCUCACUGCCUGAGCGACUAAGCCAAUACUAGAAGUGAUUGCUGUCUUACUCUCUUCAGCACCUCGUCCUCCUUCUCCUCUUCAGCCUUUACUACUCCCUCCAUUGGCGCUCCUCCCAUCUCCAAGCCUCGUCAUAAAUCCUCAUCUGCAGUACAUGUGCUCCAUGGUAGAUGUCUACAGAGCGAGAAUGGGAGAAGCUGACAUAGAUGACUCUUGGCGAGGCAGUAGAGACGCUCCACUCCUCUCUCUUGGAUCGUCCUCCUGCCUUACUCGCCUGCUGGCUCACGCUGUCGAAGCUGCUACAGAGGCUCUGUCACCCAAACACAGAGUGAGGCAAGCGGGCUCUCCUUUUCUCCGUAGCUUGUAAACACGCUGGAGAAAGAUGCAGAAGCAAGAAAGUGUGUUUCCUCAUCACCCUUCAGAUAUGUGGUGUCCUCCGAAGCACAGGAUUUCCCGUGGACAUUCGAACGAGGAGAAAACUGUGUGGAACCUGAAGCACUCAGUCGCUGACUGUCAGAUGCUGCUUCUCGAUGAGGAGGAGGUGGAGAGGCACUCUUCGUCGGGAAAGGCUCACCUUCUGCGACGCACCAUCAGCGUUCCGGUGGAAACCCAGUUUCCAGGAUUCCACAGCCAGCUGUCCACUGAAAGCCGCAGUCAGUGAAGGAUAGCCAGGAUGGGGAUGGUGUGGUCCUUCUUACGGAACCAGAACCUGAGGCAGUAUUCUGGACCGGCUGGAGACGUGAGAAGGAGGACCAGCCAGCUCCAAAGUGUAAAGGAUUACAGUAACCCAUGUGAGAUGUAAUGAAAGCAUGGAUUACUGUCUCAAAGUGUUUUUUUGGUAAAAAAUGUUUUCACCUUCACCAACUGCCUCAAAUAAAAGAAGCUGGAUUUUAUUGCUGAGCUGAUUUGAUAGGCAUGUUUAAAUUCGAUGUCAGUUUUAAAACAGACUGUUUUAGAUGUGGAGCCUAAGGACCCAACUCCACUUUGAAGAGGUCACAGGAAGUAGUUGGACCGAGCAUCAUCACUUCAAUUUUUACCAUUUUUUAAACCUUAAAAAGCUUCAGUCUUUAAUGACUUAUAGACACAAAGAUCUGUCUUAAUGACCUGUCUUAAUUGGAAAAUAUAUCUAACUAUCAUCGACAUAGCCAUAAAAUAAAACUCUGUCUUUUAAAAGCGGUCCUAAAAUAGAGCCCUGUGGAACCCCAAACAACAUUGGAGCAGUUGAAGAAUAAGAUCCAGAUAUGUUCACACAUGUAGUUGAAGAUCCUAGUUAUCAGGAAGUACAACAGUAUUUUAGAUUUAAAAAAUUGUAUAAUUUUUUACUAUUUUAGAGUUGCAGUAGGACGUUUAUUGUUUUUUUUGGGAUAGACAAAAGGAACAGGUUUAAUGGUUGGUCAUCACUUCCUGGGUGUUGUUUAUUAUUUUAAUUUUUAUUUUGACAGAUCUCAGAAAUUUAAUAAAUCACAUACACUUAAGCUAAUCUUUUUUUAAAUUUUAUAGAUGCUUUUCAUACUUAGAAUCUUGUAGGAUUCAAUGUUUUUCUUUUCCUUUAGCGUUAGCCAGUAGAAUCUG